AUGGAAGAGGGCAUCGGUGCGGCGGCGCGCUUCUGGGGCGUGGCGCCGCACGAGGCGCACGAGCGCGCUGCCGAUACGCCGCAAGUAGACGGGUACAGAAACAAGGAAGAGUACAAAAUUGGCGAGGGCGUGGACGGCGACCCGAAGACGGUGGGAUUCAUAUUCUCCAGCCCGGCGCACGGGCCGGCCCUCUGCCUCCCCGGGGACCGGCUCAAGAACUGCAAACCGCAGCACGCCCGGCUCGCGCUGCCGUCGAGGCAGAGCGCCAGAGGCUGCGCGAGUAUUUCUCCAAGCGGGCUGGGCGCCGCCUGCGGUCUCCAUUCGCUGCUUUUCCAGGAGUGCCCUCACGCACGGUGUUCGGCGGAGCAGGCUCCGUACCAGUCGCUGUUCGGACCGGGCGUGCUCGAGGACCGGCUCGGCCCCGUACGCUUCCUUGUGUCGCCCGAUUCGUUCUUCCAAGUGAACUGCGCGGCGGCCGAGGUGCUGUACGGCGUGGUGCGGCGGCAGGCGCGCCUCACCCCCGCCUCCGUGCUGCUUGACCUCUGCUCCGGCACAGGUCCGGUCAGUCUGCUGAUGGCGCGCCACUGUCGCACCUGCGUCGGAAUCGAGGCCUCGCGCAGUGCCGUGCGCGACGCCAAUGAGAAUGCCGCGAUGAACAACAUACAGAACGUCGAGUUCAUCGCGGGGCGGAUAGAGAAGGAGUUGUCACCGGUCGUAGCGGAUCUCGAUCUCUGCUCCGACAUGGUGGCUGUCGUCAACCCGGGCCGAGACGGAGUAGCGCCACCGGUGGUGGAGCAGCUGCGGGCCGCGGCGCCGCUGCGGCGGCUCAUCUACAUUCGCCUGCAAGCCGGACCACCCGCGCACGGCGGCCAACUUGGCAGCGCUCUGUCGGCAGGAUGGACGGGCGCCGCCUUUCCGGUUGACACGCGCCGCGCCCGUCGAUCUGUUCCCGCACACGGACCAUCUGGAGCUGGUGCUGACCUUCGAGAGGUAGUGUCGGUGCUAACGUGACUGGUAGCGUCGCUGUCACGGCCGGCGGACGUG